AUGACUGAGACUAUCGAACCCCAAGUACUAUUCAACUACAAGUCCGCUGUAGGGAUUGGGGAGGUAGAGAGAUAUGUCAUCAGCUAUGAUCUGUACGAAGGCAAUGAGAUUCCUUCAGAUAUAUCGUUAGAUUCAUUGUGGUUGAAAGUCAAGAACAUAGAGAGUCUCUCUUACAGGGCAGCUUAUUUAGCAGGGCCUUUCAUACUCUACUGUGAUGUUCGAACCAAAGAUUACCAUCACUCUCAGAAGAUAAUAGCAUCGGUCGAUCAGCCAAGGUUUGAGCCCACUUUACAAGCUCAGCAAUCAUGCAUUGCUGAACUAUCAGUGCAUCAAAUCAAGCCACAAUAUGUGUGGAUAGUGGAUAUUAUCAGUCAAAUUUUAUUCACCACUAAUACACAGGUAUCAUUUGAAAUUGUGUUGGGGAAUUGCAAAGAGGCUUUGAUUGAUAACGUUGCCAGCGGUAUACCCAGUAAUCUGGAUGUGAGCAAAAUUACGAUAACAAGAUUGACUACGUUGGACCUCUGGAACUUACCUGCAGAAAUAAACCUACAUCAGAAGAAGAAGAAGCAUUUGGUUAUGCUGACUCAUGGAUUGCAUUCCAACGUAUCUGCAGAUAUGGCCUAUAUGAUGGAACAAAUCUAUAAAUCCCAGGAGAACUAUCCCCACGAGCAAAUAGUAGUGAAAGGCUAUACAGGGAAUACAUGUCAAACCGAGCGGGGAGUAAAAUACUUAGGCACAAAGUUAGCUGAGUACAUUAUCAAAGAGGUUUAUGAUGAAUCUAUGACUAAAAUCUCGUUUAUUGCACACUCUUUGGGUGGGCUGGUUCAAGUAUUUGCCAUUGCUUACAUUAUGGUAAGAUAUCCAUGGUUCUUUAAGAAAGUCACACCUGUCAAUUUCAUUGCCAUAGCUUCUCCAUUCCUUGGUAUAGUCACAGAUAAUCCAGCGUACAUUAAUCUGCUGUUGUCCUAUGGAGUCAUUGGAAAAGCAGGACAAGAUUUGAGCCUUGUGAAAGACGCCGCUUAUGGAAAGCCUUUGCUUUCGUUACUACCUGGGGAUCCGGUAAAAGGUGUCAUGGCUCGUUUCAAAAGAAGAACAUUGUACAUCAAUGCUGUUAACGAUGGCAUUGUACCGCUAUAUACGGCUUCCAUGCUCUUCCUGGAUUAUGACGAUGUUUUGAAAGAAUUGAGAAAAGUAGAGGAUGAAGAGGGACUGAAGGCAGAGCCCUCCAACAUUGAUAUCCCUCAAGGGAAUUUCUUGAGCCGAACAGUGGUAUCUCCGUUUACCAAAGUGAUCGGUCUUCUGGCUCCUCAGAAAUUCCCCUCGAAAAAUUCUACAAUACCAAAGAUUUCCUUUAUGGAAUCAGCUGUAUCAUUGUUGAUUCCUCCAUUACCUGACAUUUCCUUCAUUUUGGACCCAAAUUCAAGAGAUCCGGUGAUAAUUCAUGAUAAAGUAUACACAGAGGACGAUAUUCCUCAAGAACCUGCGGAAGAUGAAGGAACCUUUGAAGCAAGCACAAAUAUUCUAUUGUCAUCCUUUACAGCAGAUCGCGGUAAGUCGGGCAAAAGUCAAAUGGUUGAAGAAUCGAUUGCAAGGCACUGGCACAAGGGUCUUUCGUGGCGUAAGGUAGUCGUAGCUCUAAAGCCAGAUGCACAUAACAACAUCAUUGUUCGCCGAAGAUUUGCGAAUGCGUACGGCUGGCCCGUCCUGGAUCACCUAAUUAGUGUUCAUUUCAAUGGUGAUGAUAAAGAACUGGUUGGAGAUGAUGAUCUACCCGUCAGUGCUGAAAGAAAUCGUACCAAAAUAGAUCUCGAAGAACCUGAUAAAAAUGUUGAAUGGAUUACUAAGGCUGACAAUCCAACCAUCUUCGAUGAAGGUCCUACUGGAAUGAUAUCGACAGUAGGAGAUAUGCUUGGUACAUUUUUUAAGGACCGCCUCUCCUCGUUUGUGAACGCAGAGCCGAUCUCGACUAAUAAAGAGAGCAGGUUACUCUCAUAUGAAGAUACAAAUGGUGAGAUUCAGAGCUAG